AUGCUUUCCCGUAUUUUGAAAAAAGCAAUUGUGUUUGAUGCAUUUCCUAAGGUUGACGCUGAUUGUCAACAUCGAAGUCCACAAGGUGGUCUUGUAACAAUCAUUGUAUCAAUAUGUUUAUGGUUUUUGAUUGUUAGUGAAUUUAGUGAGUACUGGUAUCUUAACCAAAAAUACGAAUUCGUAGUAGAUCAAAAUAUAAAUCACAAAUUACAGAUUAAUGUUGAUAUUACAGUAAAUACUCCGUGCGAUUAUUUGACAGUAGAUGUGAUAGAUGCAGCUGGAGAAGGGCUGCACAUGACACACGAACUUCGAAAAAUAUCGACAACAUUUGAAGUAAGAUCCGCGCAUCUAUUAGGCGAUGAUGAUGAUGAUGAUUCAAGAUUAAAUGUUAAACAAGUAGUUAUGGCUGCUAACUCAAACACUGAUUCAUUUUCUCCGAAUAAUGAUGUCACUGAAAAUACGCAAACGGCAUGCAGGAUUUUCGGAAAUUUGGAUGUCAACAAAGUCACAGGUAAUUUACAUAUUACAGCACUUGGCCAUGGAUAUGGCUACUAUAAUACUGCUGUUGAACUAUUGAAUUUCACACAUAGAAUUGAUGAAUUCUCGUUUGGAACUCAUUAUCCGCGUCUUGUAAAUCCGCUCGAUAAUAGUGUAGAAAUUGCCGAAGCUCACAAGGAAGCCUUUCUGUAUUUUUUAUCAAUUGUUCCAACGACAUAUAUAGAUAAUAAUAACCAUGUCUUGUUAACUAAUCAAUAUUCAGUAACGGAUUAUUCUCGCGUAAUUGAAGGAAGAACCGGUAUCCCAGGUAUUUUCUUCAAAUAUGAUAUUGAGCCAAUUUCCGUACGAAUCGCUGAAAAUGGCGUGAGUUUUUUUACAUUUUUGGUUAGAUUAAGUGGACUCGUAGGUGGUAUAUGGGUAACAGCUGGGUUUGCAUUGAAAAUCGUAAAUCGUAUUUGGUCAUCAUUGCAAAAGUAUCUCUGA